AUGGGUGGGAUUGACGUCUCCUCCGUGGUGAGCUCCAUCAUAUCAGCCUUUGGCAGUGGCAUGGACAUUUUCCAUCGUCUGGGAGGAAAGAAGAGGAAAACCAACGCCAGACUCCCUCGGCCAUCUGAAGAAGAACAAUGGCUGCGACAUUCGUUGAAAAAUCGACCUGUGGAGAUCCAACACGAGUACGAUCAGCAGGUAGCAAAAUUCGGGCGUCAAUUCGAAGUUGGUGACGUUGUGGCUCAGUCAAGUUUGGCACAUACUCUUCUCGUCCUCAACACCGGCCUGAUCAACUUGAUCAAUCAUGCCCUUUCCGGAGACCCCAAGACAAUAUCCUUGUCUAAGCGGACCUUGUUCAGUCUCUCUGAAACUGCUGCAGUUGACACUAUGACUGCCAUCGGACAGCUCGGGUCGCGCCUCAGCCUAGUGUCAGCAUCCAGGCUGGCGCUUGAGUUGAAGGGGAGCCAGAGGUCUGAUGAGAAGACCCCUCACAGAGAACGCAAAUCCAGUUCUACAACGUCGACAAAGAAGACCAAGAGGCCACCUCCGACGCCAUUACUAAUCCGCGGUGGUUGGGUGAGGUCCAGAAGCGGGUCAUCAGUUGUCUCUGGGGCAGCGGCGAAGAAAGCAAGGGCAGAGCAGACGCAGAAGCACCACCGAUCCAAAUCUGAUUCUAUGGUGUCAAAAUCGUCCGCAUCCCGGUCCAGCGACUCCAAGGCCAGGCGGGAGGAGUCACUCAGCCAUGUGUCCGGCUGUACCUGUAAAGCAGCCCCGGCUCGAGUGGAAGAAUCAAAGCCUCCCACUAGACGGAAGUCCAGCGAACAGCCCCGACCGCAAAGCCAGCGAAGCAUGCUCCUCGUGCCUGCAGACUUCUUCGAGAACGGGCAAAACAUUCCAGAGCAAGCGGUGCUCCCACAGGCUCCGCCUCGACCACCAAAGAUCCCGCUGCAUAGCCGCCCCAAUCCAGCACAGUCUAGGGCGCGUCCGACAUCGACUAUGACAUUCAUGACGGCUAGCACCAAGAUCGGCGAAAUCCCAGAAUCCAAGUGGCCGGACAAGACGCUGCCAGAGGAGGGAGAAGGGUCGCGGAGACUGCCAUACAUUAUCCCGCCUCCGCUUGAACCGAGCGAGCCGAAGAGGAAGAAAGGGCUCAGAUUCUGGAAGAGGGAAGACAAGAGCCGUGACAUUGCCGCUUAUUGA